AUGGUCGCCGUGACCAUCGCCAUCCCUCAACCCGUCCCCGCUGGAACGAACUCGCCGACCGAAGCUGCGAAGAAGAAGCGGGAGGACAGCGUGUCCGGCCCUGUCAAUGGCACAACCACGUCGCUCGUCUAUGACCCGGCUCAUACGGUUUCGGUUACUGAAUCAGUGACUACAUCGAUUUCAUACACUGCUACCUCCACCACCACCCUGACUACCACUAUCACCGUUGAAUCACCCAUCCCUACCACUUCUUUGAGUGAGUCAUUGGCCGGUGCGGCGCCAAGUGCUACAGAAAUGCGGACCGCCACUACUACCAUCAGCAACAAGUCCACCCAACUUGUGACUAUUCCCACAAGCUCCCUGUCCAAUGCGACGACGGCCUUCGUCACAGCCGGAAGUCUCWCACUCACCGGUAGCCCAUCUUCGAACUCGACUACGCAAGUCGUGGUCGAAUCGACAGUGAUGGCUCCGGGAAGCUCGAACGGAACCGCCCUGUCGUCCAUGUCGUGCAGCAAUUCAACGCUUCCUACCACUGGCCUGGCCACCACGCCCGCGCACUCAACCCUGCUGUCCACCAGCGAAGUCUCGACCAGUUCUGCAUCUACCACCACCAACGUCAUUCCCAGCGGCUCCAUCGGUGAUGGCCAGGCGGCUGCUUCGACGACUGUGGCUAUCAGCGGCGCAGAUGACCCCGUGAAGUUGGACCGACGCACGGUGCCGAUCGUCACGGCUAUCUUUGUCGGAUUGAUGGUUGUGUUCUAUGCCGAGAAGUAUCUGGGUAGACUGCAUGUUUGA